CUUGCAGUAAUAUUCAUCUAGCGGGAAGUCGGAUUCCUUGGACGUCUCCAAGCAACCACAACCUGACGCAACCUUCCCGCCCCUCCUCCGGUAGCUCCCUGCUCAAAAAUAAGUGCACCGCAGAGCCAUAGAGGGGAUCUUAUCAGGGAGCGAGAGACUGGCGGUGAUGGUCUGCGCCGAUGUGGCUGCCAGGAUUCAGCGUGGUAAGUUGGACCGCUGCUGGGAGGUUCCUGAAAGAUCUACAGAUAUUCUGCAUUUGAAGCAUCUGAUUCCACUAAAGACUGAAGACUGGGUCUCCUGAAGAAUAUAAAGGGCAGAAAAGUGAAUGCUGGACAGACAGAAUGGAAGCCUGAUAGCCUUAUAGCGACGAAAGAGGCCAGAUAGCUUUUUUUUGUUUUGUUUUUGUAUUUAACAGGUUAAAAAUGAAUUCGCACUCAGCUCCACAGAUCGUGGUUAACAGGACAAAUGUCCAGGACGAGGCAGACUGUGGGGAAGGUGUAGAUUUGCCUACAGAUGACCAUCUGAUGACUUUGAAGGCCUUAACAGAGAAACUAAGACUGGAGACCAGGAGACCCUCCUACCUGGAGUGGCAAGCCCGGCUUGAGGCAGAUCGCUUCAGAGACUCAGAAACUGGGACUAAAGGGAAAGUAGUUAGACACAAGGAGACUUCAGUGGACCCAGAUGUGAGUCAGCCCAAGUUGCCAUCAGGUGAACUUAAGGGAUUUGAAAACAUUGAUGAAGCUCUAACCUGGCUCAGAAGAGAACUGACAGAUAUGCGCUUGCAGGACCAGCAGCUGGCGAGGCAGCUCAUGCGGCUUCGGAGUGACAUCAACAAGCUGAAGAUUGAACAGACGUGCCAUCUGCAUCGCCGAAUGCUCAACGACGCCACCUUUGGCCUCGAGGAACGGGAUGAGCUGUCGGACCUGUUGUGUGAAUGCCCGGUCACCCCGGGCCUCGGCCUCUCUGCCCCGCUGAGACUGAUCGGAGUCACCAAGAUGAACAUUAACUCUCGCCGAUUCUCGCUCUGCUAGUGGUAACGACGGAAGAAGAAAAAAAUCCUGAAUACAAAAGACCCUUUAUAUACUUACUUCUCUUGAGUGCAGCCGGCCAGCCGCAGUGAUUAGAUAAUGAUCAGAUCUUUUCUGUUUUCAGAGAUAAAACCACAUCACACCCAUUUUUAUGCUCACUGAAAUCAAAGAGAGAGAUUUAAGAGAUUAGGAAGAGUUUUAGUAAGUGUGGUGUUUUUGCCACUAAACUCAGCCCUGGAGCAGAUUUCAUACUUUUAGCCUUCCACGACUUGAAACAGAGUACAUGCAGUUUUUGAAUCAGUGCAAAAGCAGUGUUAGGCAUGCUUCUGUUGUUUUUUAAACCAUAUUAGUACUGAUUACCUUAAGUAUUACCAUCUACUUUCUGCCAUACUUUAUCACGCACAGAUUAAAUGUUUAUAUAUAUAUUUUCACCACAUUCAGACCUCUUUAGGACAUUUUCAGUGACAAUCACAGUUAGUAGAUUUGUUUCUACCUUGUAAGUUUUGUUGUUGUUGUUUUCAAAGUGAUGCCUUAAUAUUAUAGAGACUGAGCGCUGUAUGCUCAUUUGUGUUUGUAGAAUAUCAUGGAUAUAAUGGUUUAUUCGGUGUAAUGAUUGUCAAAUUACACUCCUUUCUGAGCUUAGUCUCUGGAGCUUUGCCUUUUGCUCUAAUAGUAAUCAUGUGAGUUGCCCUUGUCAGUCUGAAACAAAAACAUGCUUUGUUUUCGCGGAUGAACACUAAAUUAUAACUCAUGUAGAUCACUGUGAGCGCCCAUUGACAUGAUUAUGUGCGUCUUGCUAUGACCCCUUUUUUAUGCUGGAAUCACAGUUAUAAUUGACUAUAAUUGAAGGCAACCUUUUCUUUACAAGACACUGACUUCGGGUUUGCAUCUAUAGUACAGUACUGUGCAGAUGUUUUUCUUUAGACAUUGGAUUUUUUCACGUGUUUUUUGUCCAACUCCUUGUACCUUGCCCACAAGGUGAUUCCCAAAGAGCUAAAACUUGGCGUGUCUCUGCAUUGUGUGGAGUGUGUUCUUAAAAAAUUAGGACACUGGACAAGUGAAGGACAAAAGAAGUCUUAGGUCUAAAAAUUAUCAGCAGCUGAUGAACAGUCUCUGAAAGUCAUGUCCUUAAGAAAUAGGAAAACAAAUCUAGCAAAGAUCUGACGCAAAACCUAAGAGAUGAAUCUGGCCCUUAGGCCUUUGCAUCUACUGUCCAUCAGAAAUAGUCUCAGUGGAAGGGUGGCUGUCAAGAAGCUACUCUUAAGGAAGGGAAACAUGAAGAAAAGGCCGUUGUGUGCCAAACAGGUCUUCUGGAAUGAUUAAUCCAAAAUUAAAAUUUUCGGUUCAGUUGGUUUGAGCAGUUGUUAUCAAUAUGUAUGGAGGAGGUCAGGAUAGAGGUACAACAGUGAGUGUCUACAGGCAGGUCUUGGGCUGCAUUUCAGGUAGUGAUGCUGGAGGUCUUGUUAAAACUGCUGGAAUUCUGAAUGCACCACCAGAUUUUGAUCUACUAUGCAUUACCCUCUGGAAAGCGUUUGAUUGGCAGCAGCUUCAUUUGUGAGCAUGAUGAUCCCAAAAAACACUGCAGAUACAGUAAAAGCAUACCUGGAUAGAAAAACACACAAUGGAUUACUCUCCUUCAUGGAUUGGCCUCCCCAGAACCCGGAGUCCAACAUUAUUGAAGCAGUGUGGGAUCAUUUUUAGAAAGAAUGGAACAAAUAGCAGCCAACAACCAAAGAGGAGUUUUGAAUGUCAUUCAAGAUGCCUGGAGAACUAUUCCUGAAGACUCCUUAAAAGAAAUGUUUGCAUAAGAGAGUUCAGUCUGUGUUGAA